AUGUAUUAUGGCAGCCGGGUGCGCCAUGCUGCCCUGCUCGUCAUCUUCGGGCUGCUAGUGAUCAUCGCCGUCUUGUACGACAACGUCUUCGAUGACGUCGAGAACUCGCACGCUGCUGAGCUGCAGGAGAUGCGUGCAGAGGCGCACAGCGUCGAGACGCUCCUGUUCACGUCUCGCGCGUCGCACGGGCGAGCCGCGCCGCUAGCACUCAACCGGCUCGAAAUCCCGCACGUGGCGAACACCUUCGUCUCCAAGUACAUCAACCGCACCGUAGCACCACGCCUCAGUGACGUGCGUGAUGUCCGUACCCUGACGUCGACUGAAUUCUUUGAACAGAUGCAGCUGUGGCGCAGGCCGGGUAGCCGCGCCAAGCAAAUCUCGAAACUCGUCGACUUGUUGACGGAGAACGAGAGGGUGACUGCGCGUGCGGAGGCGGUGCGCCAACGUCAGCACAAGUCGAAGACGCGGCGCUCUGUCAAGUCGUUGUUCAGCUUCUUGUCCGGCGGUGGCAAAGGGCAUAGCCACGACGACGACGACGCGGGUUCUGGAGCCGCCGAUGACGUGGUGAAGGUGCGCUACCCAAGCAGCCUUGUUCUUCAUUAUCACGGCUCGUCAGACUCGUUCUCUCUCACCUCCAACAACGUCCAGCUCGUGCCAUACCCGUUGGUCCCUCCGCCAGUCACCACGCGGCUCAGUGAGGCGGCCCCGCUGCCGCCGCCGCACGCGGACGUGAUCGGCAAGAAGGAGUUCACUGGCGAGGGUGCCGCCGAGAGGACAGCAGCGGCAGCAGCCAGCGACAAGGACACUAAUCCCACCACCACGGUCACUAUACCAAAAGGCAAGGUGCGCUACGCAGUGCCCCAUCGUACGACCCCGCACACGCCGACACACGGCUGGGAUCACUUCUACAUUGCCCUGAACCUGUGGAAGAACGAGGAGGUGCUUCCUGACCUUACGGAGGCGCUGAUCGUCUUUCUGGAGGAAGAGGUGAAGCCCUUCUUUGAUCUCGCCACCUCUGUCGUGGUCUCCAUCUACUCCAACAUAUCGCCCGAUAGGACGGCCGAGCUCAUCGCGACACUGCUGAUCCCGCGGCUGCACGCUGCCGGUGUGCGGACCGUCUACGCAACAACGGAAGGCGCGUGUCUCGGCUACGUGGAGCGUCAGUCCUUCCACGAGCGCAUCGAGUGGAUGGCGUGCAUCCGGAACAAGGCGCUCGAACCGCUCUAUGAGAAGGGCAUGAGCGUGUUCGAAAGUUUGCAGCAGCAGCAGCAGCAGCAGCAGGCGCAGGCCAGCGCCGACGGUCUUGUUGUGCUAUUUUUCAACGAUGUCAUCUUCCGUCCGCAGGACAUCACGGUGCUGCUGGAGAGUCGUGCUGAGGCACAGGUCGCGGCGAGCACGCGACCACAUGGCUGGGUGUCCUCCGUCACAGCGACAAACCAUGAGCCUGCAGACGCUGGCGUCCAGGACGACGACGGCGAUUUGCGGAAGCAUCCAGUGGGCACAGCGUCGACGCCUCCCUCUGGUUCCACGUCAGCAGCGACUGGCACAACCUUCGACAUGGCAUGUGGUAUGGACUUUUACGCAACCUUCUAUGACACAUGGGUCACGCGCGAUCGACUCGGCAAGCCCUUCGGGGCGCAGAUGCCCUAUUCAGACGACCACGCUACCCAAGAGGCAUUCUAUCGUAUCUUCAAGCACGAGCGCACCGGCGACCAUGCACCGGAGGUGUCAGCCAUCCCGGUCAAGUGCUGCUGGAACGGCGUCGCUGCCAUCCGUGGUCGCUUCUUCCUCGCCCCGACCCCACCGCAUCGCCUCGACUUUCCUGUGCAGGGUGCAGCGGAGACGACAGCGCGGACCCCGUCGGCGACAUCGUCUGCUCCGGCCGCCGCCGGAGGCGCUCGCAGCGAGGCUGCUGCGCACCCUCCCGAUGUGUUGCAGCGUCCCUCGGGCGCAGUCUACGACCGCAUCGGCGACGUGCACGACCUGCUCAACACCACAACGCUAGUGCACUACUACACACGCGUGCUCGCCCGCCGUCUUCAAUCGGUGUGUGUGCUGUGGAGCUUGAUGCGCCGCGAGAUAGCUAGGCUGGCAGACAUUCCGUUCUACAAACCAGAGACGUGCGACAGCAGCAGUAGCUUCGAGAGUCUCCUGCAUACUGUGGACUACGAGAUGCGCCGACCCUCGGCAGUCAGCGAGGACUGGAUGCAGCUGCGGCUACAGCUUGAGAGCCGCACGCUCCUCCUCAGCACCGCGCCGGACCUGAUGCGUCUCGAGGAAUCAGUCGUCAACCCAGAGAGCGAAGGCGAUGUGGAGUCUGCCGCGCCGGUGGCGCUGCGCGUGGAGGAAGACAGUGUCUACUACCGUGCGCGGCACCUGUCAGUGCGAUUUCGCCACGCCUUCACCCCCUCCUACGGCGCCACCGUCGCUGGCCACGCGGUGGUGCGUGAUGAAGUCUGUCUCGCUUCGGAGUGUCUCCUGAUCUGCCAAGACGUGAUGCACGCCGCCCUCCUGCAGGACAGGCGAGCGCCGAUCAUCCUGCUCAACCCCCACGUGCGCGUUGCGUACAACCUUGAGGACUUCCACCACGUCGCACAGCAGAAGUGGUUCUUCGAGCACCCGCACGUAUACUGGGUCUCGACGCUGGCGCGGCGACUGCAGCUGUGGUGGUCGUCCUCGUCGUCAUCCAGUGUACAGGACAAGGGUGCCGGUGCAGGCGGGUCGCACGAGUUCGGCAUCGCCACGUCAGCGAUGGACGACUGGCUGAACACCGCCUCAGCUGCUGCCGCGCCAGGGACGGUCAUGCGCGGUACUCAGAAGCUCAGCGUGCAGGACGGGGCUGGCCGUGUCACAGCCACUGGCCUCAUCGACAUCCCCACGCUGACCCGAAUGGACUGCCAGAAGUCCGCGGAGGGCUCUAUUCGGGUAGCGAUGGGCGCCUUCUUCCCUAUUGUGCGACUGGUCCAGUUCCUGCUCGCUGCGCUGCUGCUGCGGUGGUUGUGCUGGCAAGUGCAUGUGGAUUUGCUGGUCGCGGCGCUGUCAGUCGAGGGCGGCGCGGCACGGGCCUACUCGGUGGAGGCGCAGUGGUGGCAAGCUCUCUACUGCGCUGUGUGGUACUCAUCGCUUGUGCAGCAGCUGAGGCGGCUCUCGGGUGGCGUUGCUGCAGGUGAGCGCGACGCCGGAGACAACGUCGCCGGCGAAUGGGAAGGGGAGAGAGCCGUAAGCGGCCGCGGCUUUGGUCGCGCAAGGCAUCCGGUCACUUCCUCGCCACGGGCCCUUCUACAGCAGCUGCAUCGACUGCAGUCGCACCAUGUCGUGAAGAACUCCCCCGCGCGCUUGUGCGUCGGCGCCGUGUGGCGGGCCGCGUACUUUGUCGCGCAGAAGCUAGUGUGGCUGCUCAGCUCGUUGUGCUGCGUCCGGUUCUGGUUUGGCUGGUGCCGAACACCGCUGGCCUUUAACACCCCGACUGGGUGUUCGGGCAUCAAGGCGCGUCAACUGUGGCCGCACAGAAGAAGCGCUUCGCCCGCCAAGUCCCACUAUCCACGGGAGCCGUCGCGUGCAGUGGUGUCCGCAGAUGUCUUCCAGGCCGGCCCUGCUGUCACAGGAGAGGUGACCGGCUACACGGUCACCCGUCGCAGUGAGGGAACGGCACGCCCCAUCUCCGGCACGGUGUUCAUUCCGCGAAGCUGCACAGCGAGCGGUGGCGGUGGUAAUGACACGGAGGUGCAGCGGCAACACCACAGCGUGUCACAGGCCGCCACGGGCGUCGCGAGCGCUACCCCGGCAAGCGUCACAGAAAACCCCAUGAACUCUACGCAUCGGCAGUACGAACUCACGCAUGGGAGCGCCGCCGCGUCGAACCACCAGAUGCGGUCGCGCAACGUCAGCUAUGGUGGUCGGUCGUGGCUGUAG